AAAAAAAAAAAAGACUUAUUACAAAAAGGAAGAAAUACCUUUCGUUUCUUUCUCUUCUUUUAUUUCUUUUCUUUUUUUUUUAAUUUUUUCAUACCAUAACACCUCUUCAUUCUUUAACGUAAUUUAUUUGAAACCAUGGCAAUAAAUGCACGACAAUCAAUACAAUAUGAAUUCCAACCACCUUCGAAUAUCGAAGCUAUUCGUUCCAGUAUUGUCCAACGUAUAAAGCUACAGAGAACGUCUGCUCGAAACAAUAUCCUUCCUCUCACUCCUCCUAGUACGAACGAUAAGGUUAAUGAUAAAGAAGAACAAGAGCAAGAGUUUUAUCGACUUUAUUCAGAAAACGGUUUGCCUUCCCCUCCUAUCGAAACCUGUUCAUUCGAUUCACAUCCUCAGCAGCAGCAACAACAACAAGACCAUGAAGAAGACGUUCAUAUGGUACCACUGGACUCUCCUCCAUCCCCUGUACUCUCCAAAUCGUCAGUCGUCUCAUCUGCAGAGAACUAUUCUUCAACGGUUUUGGACUCACCAUCACCAGUUGUACAAUCGUCAGAGGCUAUUCGUGAAAAGAUCCGAUUAUUGAGAAAAGAAAAGCAUUUAUUGUUUCAAACGAUGAAAGAGUUAUUAGCUCAACCAGAAAAGCAAGAGCAGCAAGAGCAACAGCAACAGCAACAGCAACAACAGCAACAAGCAGAAAUUCCAUCUCCCCCUACAUCAGUUUCCCUUAAGCCUUCUUAUACCACUACCACUUCUACAACUACUUCUACAACUACUACUACUACUAAGAAUAAUACCCUUGUAAAUAACUCUCUUGUUAGUAGUAGCAGUAGUAAUGCAAAAAAAUCCUUCAACUCACCUAGUACCACUACUGCUGCAGCACACCACCACUCUCCUUAUCACCCUGCUUCCCAUCCAACCUCGAUAGAAAGGUCAAGGUCAAAUCAUUUACUAUCAAAACCCUCUUCCUUCUCCACAAGACCUCUCCGAUCACGUAGUAUGAGUCAAACCUCCAGUAGUAAUAGUGGUAGUAUGAGUUACCAUCCGCACUACCACCACUAUGCUUCGCACUUUUAUUAUCACCAUCAUCAUCACGCUCCACUUCCUCACCAUUAUCGACCCAUUGAAAGAAGGUCCCCUACACGGUACAAUAACAGUAGCACUAGUAGUAGUAAACCUUCUUUCCUACCUUCGUCUUCAUCUGCAACUACAUCAAAUAUGUCUCGUCGUUCAAUUACUUCUUCCACUUCUUCUUCUAACAUUCACGCUUCCAAUGCGACCGUAGCAGCGUCAGCAAGGUCAUCAUUAAAGCCUUCUUCUACACUGCCUAAUAUUCAUUCUAGUACAACCGCUUCCGUAUCUAACGCAGCUUCAAACUACAAAUACCAUCGUUCAACGUUUAUGCCUCGUCCAGACCGACAUUCAAGAGCUUAAAGAAAGAAAUUCAAAAAAAUUCAAAAAAAAAAAAACAAAAAAAAA